ACUCUUCUUCCCCCAACUAAAAUCUUACAUACAAUGAAGGCAUGACUGAACUUAAGCCAAAAGCCCAUCUAGUUUCUAAUGAUUCCAACUCCAUAAUGGGGAAGUUUGAUUUUGUGCUCUUUAGAAUUAAAGAGAAAAGCGCAUGAAUGAAGGAGUCAUAAACAAGAAAAGGAUAGCUCAGUUUUGGGAAAAAGAAGAUUCCUUUACUGUGUUUGUAUUUGUAUGUAGUUUGUAGUAUUUGUAAAGUACGAAAUUAAAUACAUAGGAGAUUUUUCCGUAUCCGCUCCUUCGUUAAAAAACCGAAAUAGUAAUGAUUCCAACUCCAUAAUGGGGAAGUUUGAUUUUGUGCUCUUUAGAAUUUAAGGAGAAAAGUACAUGAAGGAGCCAUAAACAAGAAAAGGAUAGCUCAGUCUGGGAAAAAGAAGAUUCCUUUACUGUGCCUGUAUUUGUAGUAUUAGAUAAAGGCAACUUCUAAUACAAAAGACUUCAACUAUUUUGCAAAAAAAAAAGGUUGUUGAUCUUCAAAUCAUAUUACUUUCUCAUCAUGGCUGAAAUUCUUUACGGGCUUGCUGCUGAGAUCUUGAAAAACUUGGGUUCUCUUGCAGUUCAAGAAGUAGGAUCAAUUUGGGGACAAAGCGAUGAGCUUAGCAAGCUUUCUGGUACAGUUUCUUCAAUCCAAGCUGUACUAAUUGACGCGGAGGAGCAGCAGCAGAGUAGCCACGAGGUGAGGGAUUGGAUAAGGAAACUUAAAAGAGUUUUCUUUGAGGCUGAUGAUCUCUUGGAUGACUUUGCCACUGAAGUGACACAUCGAAAAUUGGUGAGUAAUGUAAGCAUCUUCUUCUCAAAGUCAAAUCCUGUGCUUUAUAAUCUUAAGAUAAGUAAGCGUCUCAAGGCCAUUCGAGAAAAUCUAGAUGUAAUUGCAAAAAAUAAGGCCUACUUAAACCUUGUUGAAAGGAGGCAACCUUUGCUUCUUGAGUCUAAUUUGGAUAGAGAGACUUAUUCAUUUGUGCCUGAUGGAGAAGUCAUUGGAAGGAAUGAUGAUAGAACGAAAAUUCUAGAUUUUCUUAUGGAUUCUGAGGUAAAUGAGAAUGUUGCAGUUAUAUCGAUUGUUGGCCUUGGUGGACUAGGAAAGACCACUCUCGCGCAAUUGGUGUAUAAUAGUGAAAUGGUUCAGGUAAAAUUUGAGAAAAGAUUGUGGGUUUGUGUUUCAGACGUUUUUGAAGUGAAAGUGAUUGCAGAAAAAAUCAUCGAAUCUGCAGGAGGGGGGAAGGCUAAUUGCCUUCAACUAGAUGCAGUGCAAAAACAACUUCGAGAAAUGCUUGAUGGGAAGAAAUAUCUACUGGUGCUCGAUGAUGUGUGGAACGAAGAUGCCUUGAAAUGGUCGACAUUGAAAAAUAUGUUGAUUGGUGGAGCUAAGGGAAGUAAGAUUUUAGUAACUACUCGUUCAGAUGUAGUUGCUGAAGUUUCAGGAAGUAUUCACCAACAUAAAUUAGGGGACCUUUCAGAAGAAGAGGCAUGGGCAUUGUUUGAAAAAAUGGCAUUUGAGUGUAACAAAGAGAGUGAAAAUUCGAGUUUGGUGGAAAUAGGAAAGAAAAUUGUGAAGAGGUGUGGAGGAGUUCCUCUUGUAAUAAGGUCAGUAGGAAGCCUACUACGCCUAAAAAGAACUGAGGAUGAAUGGAUAUAUUUCAUGAAUCAAGAUUUGUCAAGUAUCACACGAGGAGGCGACAGUGUCAUGGCCAUUUUGAGAUUGAGCUACAAUCACCUUCCUCACCAUCUAAAGAUAUGCUUCGCAUAUUGUUCCCUCUUUCCAAAGGAUUCCCUAAUUGAUAGAGUUGAUUUGAUUGAUAUGUGGAUCGCUCAAGGCUUUAUACAAUCAACUACUAGCAACAGAGACAAUGUGGAGGACAUUGCAAAUUCAUAUUUCAUUGAUUUGUUAAGAAGGUCAUUCUUUCAAGAAACUGAAGAAGACAAAUCAUUUCCGCAGUUUUACGAAAUGCACGAUCUUAUUCAUGAUCUUGCUAAAGAAGUUGCAGAUGGGGAGGUUUUCAGUAUCACUGAAACAGAAGAUGCAGAGAUUGUCCUCCCUGAACAAACUCUCUAUGCAUCUUGUUUAUUCCAGAUUAAUGGUUCAAUGGCAUUUCCCAAACCCUCCUAUGCGAAGCAUAUGAAAUUGCGGACAUUUAUUUACCUAAAUGGGUCUGAAUACGUUUUCAUAAGCAAUUCAACGUUAGAGAGAAUGCUUGCAAGUUUUGAAUGUUUACGCGUUCUGGAUCUACGUCACGUGCAGAUAAAAUUUCUGCUUCAAUCUUUAGGUGGACUGAAGCAUCUAAGAUAUCUUGCUAUUUCCUGUAUAAGCAUUGUUACUUUACCAAAUUCCAUCACAAAAUUGCAUAAUCUACAAGUUUUAAAGUUGGUUAAUUGCAUUAAUCUCAAAAAAUUGCCAAGAGAUAUUUGGAGAUUGGUGAGCCUUCGACGUUUGGUAUGUACGCAGUGCUAUGCAUUAACCCAUAUUCCACCAGGACUGUGGCAGUUGUCAAGUGUCACGCAUUUGGAUUUUGAUGAUUGCUAUUCAUUGGAAGAUAUGCCACCUGGAAUUGGCCAAUUGACAUCUCUACGGACAUUGACAAGUUUUGUUGUAGGCAAAGAAAGUUGUAUAUCUGGUUUGGCAAGUGACAAGUUGAAUGAAUUAAAGGGCCUUGCUGAUCUCAGAAAUAGAUUACACAUUAAGUUCAUGGGACGAGCCAGUGUAAUUGGAGAAAGAAUACCUACCGAUGUAGUGAAAAGAAUGAAACAUCUUCAGGAGCUGUCCGUAGAGUUCGAAUAUGGAAAUCAAGAGGAUGAUACUGGAGCUGAUCUGAUAAUGUUGGAGGCCCUGCAGCCGCACCAAAACAUUGAAAGCUUGAAAAUACAAUAUUAUAGUGGAUCAAGGUUCCCAAGUUGGUUGAUGGUUGAUAAUCUUGGCUUUUUGCUACCCAAGCUUGUUUAUCUAAAUAUCACGAGUUGUUGUAAAUGCCAAAAGCUCCCACCAUUAUGGCGAUUGCCUUCUCUCGAAAAUCUUGUACUAUGGAAUCUUGAAGGUGAUGAUAAAUUCAUGCUACCAUCAAAUUCUCCUACAUAUGAGUGUUACUUCCCUUCCUUAAAGUAUCUUUAUUUGGGGGAAAUAAGUGAGAAGAUAUUGAACCAGAUUCUUUGCCCACCUCCUGAUUCUAUCGAGGGCCUAGAAACUAUGCCAGAGGAUUCGUUCAAGAGUCUCACUUCGCUCCAAUCCUUGUCUAUUACUCACUGCAGAAAUCUGGUCUCUCUAUCCACAUGUCUCACUCAUCUCACUUCCCUUGAGUUUUUAUAUAUAGCGUGUUGCCCUCUACUUUAUUUGUCGAACGAAGAAGCAAUGCAACUUGAAGUCCCGGGGAAUUUAUCAACUUUCAAUGUUAGCAAUCUUGACAAGCUAAUGUCGCUACCAGUUUGGCUCCAACAUUUCUCGGGUACUUUGAAGUCUAUACAGAUUCAGGGAUGUCAUAACUUCACAACAAUACCAGAAUGGAUAGGCGACCUCAUUGCCCUUAAUCAAUUGGAGAUUUAUGGUUCACCUAUGUUGACAUCCUUUCCAGAAGGCAUGCGAUCUCUCACAGCAUUGCAAAUGCUAAUUGUUCAUGGAUCUUCAUCAAGCCUGAAGCAAAGAUGCGACAAGGAAGUAGGAGAGGACUGGCCUAAGAUUGCUCACAUUCCAAGAGUUGACAUACUAUAAGAGUCUUGGCAACUGGCUGCAUGUUGAGGCUUGAAGCAAUGUUUGGAUAGAAGGAUGAGUUUGCGCAACAAGGCGGGUGAAGGUCAAGGUGCUGAACACCAUUUUCUCAAAACCCGGAAAAUGAAUUGGUUUGUGAAAAGUGAAAAUCAUGAGAUUAAGGAAGGAACUUGGCGUUUCCACUCUGUUCUUGGGAGUUGCCACUUCUGCAGAACUGCUCUGAGGCUUCAAUAUCCAUGAUUCUUGAUUUUGUGUGUUAGCCAUUGAAGGAAAGUGGACACUGCUUUAUUUGCUGUAUUCUUUGAUUUCUCUGUUUGUUUUUACUUCCAAAUUGAGUUGAGAUAGCUUUGCAACUUCUCAAUUAGUUCCCACCUUGAUGUUUAUAGGGGAUAAUGUAUAUGUUUAAUUUGGUUUCUGAAUA